AUAAACUCCUAGCUCCUACCGCAUUUCGUAUCCUUGGAAUAAACAAACAAUAAGCCUACACAUACGCAGUACUACAGACUUACAAGCCGAAAUCGUUCACCAUGUCAGACAAGGAAGAGCCGCAGCAACAGCACAUCCAGACCGAGCCCCAAGAUGACGAGCAAGAGGAGAAGAAGGGCUCUGGAGGUCUUCUGAGCACAAUCGGAGACCCCAUCGGAAACGUCCUAGGCACAGUCCUCCGCCCCAUCGGCGCGCCCCUCGAAAAAGGCGUAACAGGCCCCCUCGGCAACGCCCUCGGCGGCACCACGCGCCCCGCCCUCGGUCCCCUGAUGGGCCACGAAGAAGAGAAGUCCGAGCUGCUGGGCGGCAAGAACAAGGAUAGCUAUGAGAGUAAACCGGAGAGUAUUGCGGGGAAGGAGCAGACGGGGCAGAAUCCGUUGGGCUUGGAUCAGACGGGACGGUGGGGGUUCCAGGAUGAGAAGUAGGUUGUAGGUGAUAUGGGGGAUGUAUACCAAAUCGUGUGUUUGUGGAUGAACUUUAUGAAGUAGAGUCCAGGUGGAGAGUGGUUUCAUG